CUAAGCUAAGCUAACCAGCUGCUGGCGGUAGCUUCAUAUUUAGCAUACAGUUAUGAGAGUGUUGUUGAUCUUCUCAUCUAAUGCUUACCAAGAAAGCGAAUAAGUGUAUUUCCUAAAAUGUUGAACAAUUCCUUUAAAUUUAAUUGCACACUGUCAAGUAAAACAAAGAAAUGUGGUUUAUUAUGGGCCCUAAAUGCUGCUGGCACAGAUCAUUUACUUGGAGAUUUAUUUGCCUUUUUAAAAUAUCACUUCCUUCAUUCAUGUUCCACUUUGGAGAUGUUUAAGGUUUGGGUUGUUAGUCUCACUCAGCAUUUGCAGUAGAGAACUGAUCAGGCUCCACACAGCUGGUUGAUAUACUGUAGUUGUCACUUUUUUGGGAGUUGUCAUGUUGUUUUGCUGCCAAGAGAUUUGACACCUGUUUGGUAACUAUUACCAAAGGAGCAAUCAUUUCUUUUGAUGUGCAACAGGAAAAACACUUCCUGUUCUCUACUGAAAGAGCUCUGUUUCAGUCACUGUUUUUGUUGUUUGUUUUUCAUUUACACUUUAUAAAGUGAACUCUACAGCUUUGUUGUAUUUUAUAAUAUCACCAUUGGGACAGCAUAGCAUCCUACGUUCACAGGUAAACUCAACCAAAUAUCUGAACAUCUAUUUGUAAUGUUCAAUUUUGCCAAUCAUCCCUUAGUAUGAUUAUUUCUUCAUCCUAAUUUGAUACUGUGUUAUGGUGUUCUAUUUUUUACAGAUUGUUAAUUAUGUAAUGAGUGUAGACUAGUAUGGAGCUGGAUUUUGUUGAAGCUUUAUUGUCCAGAGUGUUCCUCUGUUGCACAGUACAGGACUCUUUGUUAUUACAGCUGUUGAAAAGCAGCUGGAUGACUAAGUAAUAGAAGUAUAAUGUUUACUAUGUCAUGGUUGAUCCAAACUAUAUCUCUUUAUUAAUUGUUUACAAUUUGUGGCUUUAUUUGCAAUGCAAGUAAUCCAUCUCUGCCUUUUGGCUCAGCAAUAAAAGUUUACAGAUAAGGGAAACAGUUUUUAUAUUUCAGACUGACUGUUUCCUUUGCUGCUUUUUCACUAAUAUGUUUCUUUUUGCAUUUGUUGAAUAAAGUGGAUUAUAAACAUUAUUAGAAAUCCAGCUUUCUUGAGAGUUAGUAGAAAGAACAUACAGUAUCUAUCAUUGGUAAAAAUGCCAUGACUCAGCGAGGUGUGUCUUUAAUUUUGCGAUAUCAUCACAACCUACACACCUGCUGCUCUUCCCCACCUUAAAACAAAUAUGUGAUAAGUAACAUCACUAUGCAAAUAUUAUAUGUAAACAUAUGCAUGGGUGCACACCUUAAUAUAAAGCCCUCAUUAGAGAUUUCUCACACACAUCAGCUUCCACAUCACAUCUGAGGAUGGCUUCUCUCCAUGUGUUUGUUUGUCUGCUGGGACUAGUUGUCCUCUGUCACUCUCACUGCUUCUUUCAGAAAUUAGCGAUCAAAGAUUUGAAUAACACUCCAACAGGGUGUGUGGAUGAGGAUGGAAAGGAGCAUGAUUUUGGCUCUGAAUGGGUGAGAAACUGCAUGCAGUGCUCUUGUACGAUGGAGGGCAUGAGCUGCUGUAGCAGGAUCCCCAGUGCAAACACAGUAGACAUUCCUGAGGAGUGUGAGCUGGAUGUGAAUAUGGAGGCCUGCUCUUUCAAGGUUGUGCUGAAGUCAGACAAGACAAAAGAGUGUAACCCUUUGUGAACGCACUACAAAGUGACCUCUACUUGUUAGGGACAACUGAAGUCCGAACUGGCAAUUGGUCUUUUUAUGUUUCAUAUUUUAAAUGUAUAAAUACAGUAAAUGACCAAUAAACAAAGACUAAUCAGCCUUUCUCUUUGUCUUACUUGUCAUGUUUAAAAUUUCACUGACAAUAAAGGUAAAACCUUAAACCUGC